CUUUUAUAAGACUUUAGAGCUUUCUUACACUAAAUCAUGGAAAUAGCCCAGAAUUUUAUGGGACCGCUGGCGACGAACACAAUGACGAGAAUCAACGAAAAUGGCAAUGUCGUCGGCUCUAUCAUAGUUAACUGUGAAGGUUUUCCGGAAACAACAACAUUGGACAGUUUGACAGCGGCCACGUACUCAACGCACAUGAGGAAUUUGUCACACCACGCAUCCAAUGCUUUGAAGGAAAUCGAUGUAACGGAUGAAUUAAUGGUCCUGCGGUUGGUGUCAAGGAAAUCGGAGGCUGUGGUGGCACCCGAUCACGAAUUCCAUUUGAUCGUCGUCAUGAGACGCGGUUGAACAACACGGUCGAGGACACAAGACAUUCAUGCCCAUUCCAAAAAUUUUG